UCUCACCACAGUUUAAGCAGAACAAGUUGAAUCAACGAGUUCAAAACGUUAAGAUGGCAGUUUGGGACCCAAAGAUUUCCUGGUGCUUCAUGUUACUGCUGGCUGAUGUUGUGAGUGAUAGAGUGAACUAUCCAGGUCCAGUUUGUGCUGUGAAGGGAUCCACUGUCACCAUCCCCUGCACCUUCACACAUCCGAAGUCUGUCUCUGAGGGUGGAAGAGAGGUUUCAGUCCAGAUCAUCAGAGUCAUCUGGUGCCAGAACCAUGAAAUUUGUCAGGGCUUCACUCCGUCUGUGUACGACAGCGACUUAAAAUACAACCACACCAACAACCCUCGUUACAGAUACCUGGGAGACAAGAAGGGAGACUGUUCUUUACAGAUCACAGAUGUACAGAAGAGAGACGAUAAAACUCUUCGCUUCAGAAUGGAAGCUCAUACCAUAUUUUCCCCUUAUACUGGACCACAAGGAGUGAAAGUCACCGUGACUGAUGGCGCUCAGAUGGAGAUAAGAAGCUCCGUUAAUAAGACAGAGAUGAGAGAAGGUGAAGCAGUCACACUGAACUGCACCUCAGGGUGCUCCUUCCACCAACCGGAGGUCACCUGGUUCAGAGAUGGCCACGCCCUCAAACACACUGGCCCCUCCCUCUAUCUCGGCACUCCGACUGCACAGGAUUCUGGGAACUACAACUGUGGUUUGAAGAACAACAACCGCACUCUCUCCAAGCCGUUUAGUCUGUAUGUGGAGGCUGAAGAGGAAGGUUUGUUUCUCUGAGCUGGAAAUAGUUAUUUAUACUAAAACAGAUU